AUGGCUCGUCCGCGAAUAAUACUACCCACAGUGCUCCUGGCAGCGCUGUGUCUCGGCCUCUACGGCUUCUUCUUCGGCCCGGGCAGCAAAUCCCCCCACCCCCUCGACUCCUUCUACCCGCACCACAACCCCCCCGCCGCCGCCGCACCCCCACCCACCCUCCGCACCACCUCCUUCACCCCCACCGACCAAUCCCUCCUCGCCCGCAAGCCCCGCUACGCCAUCACCUCCAGCGUACAAACCGCCUCCUUCACCGCAAUGGCGCUCCUCCUCGGCUACUCCAUCCAAAAACACAACGACCUGGCGGCGAUGGACGCCGAGCUCGUCCUCCUCAUCCGCGAAGACGCCGUCGACGGCGUCACCGCCGAGAACCGGACACGCCUCGAGGCGGCCGGCUGGACGCUCCGCGUCGCCGAGGAGCUCACCUUCCCCGGCGUCGACAACAGCGCCAUCCGCGCGCACCACCGGCACAACCUCAACAAGCUGCACCUGUGGACGUGGACCGAGUACGAGAAGAUCCUCUUCAUCGACGCCGACGUCGUGUGCAAGGGCAGCCUGGCGGAGCUGUGGGAGAUGCCCGGCGAGUUUGCGGCGGCCCCCGAUGUGUGGUGGGAUGUGAUUACGGAUAGCAGGUUUAAUUCGGGGGUCGUGGUGUUUAGGCCCGGCGUGGAGACGUUCAGUGAUAUGAUUGGCAAGGUGUCGGAUCCGGCGUAUCAUCAGCCGAAUGAUGCGGACCAGGCGUUUUUGAAUGCGUAUUAUCGGUUUAGGUUCUUUGGGCUGCCGUAUAAAUAUAACUUCAAUCUCAUUAUGUAUCAAUACCACCGCGAGGCGUGGGAUAUGCUGUGGGAUGAGGCGGUCCUGAUCCACUUCACGGUCAAGAAGCCGCGGUCGAAUCCGGACGAGCACUGCCACGAGGACUGCGCGGAGUGGGAGGUUCUUGAGUGGUACGGCCAGUACUUUCGCGAGAUGCGGGCCUAUUAUGGCUGGGACAACGAGCUGCCGGACUAUCAGUGA